GGGGCGGCUGGGCAGAAGCGCGAGCGCCACCAGCCUUGGCGCUGUAGAGACAAGGGCGCCUGUGCUCAUCCGCUGCAUAUGCGCGAGCUGGACCUCGGAGGGCAAUCGCUCAUCCUAGCCCAUGACGAGAAAGCAAAUCCUCACGCCCAAUAAAUACUCCCACACUGUACCUGGAGGCGACAAGUGCCCAAGUAGCUCGCGGCCGGUCACAUGUAUGCAUGCGCUUAUGCUUUGCAUUGUGAUUCUCUGCCGGCCUAGCAUUGGCCCGGCUUCGUCGACGUUCUUAAAGGAAGAGGAAGGAGCGGAGGAAAAGUGCCCGCCUGGCGAAAUCAGUGGACCAGGAUAGUACUCAACCGCACACCCAGGCCUCCGCGCGCAGUGAUCCUGCCAUCUCGUUUGGAGU